GGUAUUUUUGCUCGCAUUUACAGCUUUGCAGCAUUCAUGAUUUUUUGGGGGGUCGUGCAACUCGCACUUCACAACUUUGUCCCACAUGCGCACAGAAACAAUGUCGAGGAGCAUUGAUGGGACAUACUAGUAAUUUCACAAUACUGACUGCUGCUUGGAAUAUUCCCGUGGGUUUGUGCUCACAAACAACCUCCACCUCUUCGUCCUGAAACUCCUUUUCUUCGUUUUUGCCAUCCAGUACUGAAAACUGAUUCCCAACAGUUUGCAAACCAAAACGGUCUAAAGAUGACAAAAGACAACCGCGAAUCCUCCUCCUCGACGGUGUCCUCCUCUUCCUCACAGCCUCCAUCGAGACACCAAGAAGAUGCGAUCUUGUCCAAACGCCUUGGGCAAGUCGUCUACCUCCUUUGUCUCAUCAAAGGCUUUGUGUUCCCUUUCUUCAAGGUUUCCUUGAUUGCACUGGCCGAGAAAGUCUUGCGUGCGGCUAUAGGUUCUGCACUCCCCGAUGAAUUGUUCGGGCAAAUCCAAACAGAAAUCUUUGACAAGUCUUCCAAUCCUGUCAUGGACACAUUCCUCAUGCGGUCUCUCACCUUUUACGAAGCCUUUGCCGUCGUCGGCGGAAUCACUGCCGUCAUCUCCAUCGUCCUCCCUCUGGGCAAGGCUCUGACCGAAAACUUUCUCCCCUACCGUGAAGUCAAACGCCUCCAAGACCUCCUCUUCCGAAAGUUCGUCCUCGAACCCAACAGCGUCGCCAUCGAUGAAGCGACCAACCUGCUCUACACAAAGAUCAAUGUGGUUUCAAAGUACUGGUUUAACUCCAAGUUCCAAAAGAUUGAUGACAUUGUUACCAUGGGUGCUUGCCUCGUCCUCUACUUCAUUUUGGCAUGGGACCUUGCACUGGCCCUCCUCGGCGGCAUGAUCCUUGUCUUUGUUGUCUCCUUCUUGAUCUGGAACAAGCUCAGUACUCCCUGGGAUUCUCAACGAGAAGAAAAGAUGACACAAGCCAACAACCUCCUUGUGGAUGUCGUCCUCUGUAAAGAACUCGUCUUGACGCAGGCCAACGAACUCGAGGAGCAAGCCAAACUACGAAAGCUCAUGGAGGCGGAUCGAGAGGACAUUCGCCACUUGGUAUGGGCCAAGUUCAUCUCCGCCGCCAUCCGUGUCGGUACCUUUACCAUGAUUACACCAUCACUCUUUUUUGUGGUGUUCAUGUGGGACUUGUCCAUGGAACGUGUCUUCCAGCUCUUGCUCAUCAUUGUGGUGACCGAUGAACAGAUGCGGGCCUUUUUGUCAUUCACCAAUCAUGGACCCAUGGAACAAGAGUAUGGCCGUGCCAAGCAAGAGUUCUGCCAUGUCUUGGGCAUGACUGAAGAGGAGCUCUUUCCCGGGGACUUUGAUGAUUGGACCAUUUGUGGUGGUGGCAAGAAGAAGAACAGUUUCGAGGCCGACGAAUCGGAGAGUAAGGAUGAUACUCGAGGAGAGCUUGACUUGGAGGUUGGCGGUUAUGAUAGCUUUCGGGUUGAAAGAGCUUCUACAAUUGGCAAGAAACAAGUCAGUCGCCGCGAUUUGCUCCGUCAAGCCAUGGAAGACAUGUCAUCAGAGUUGUCAGAUCACCUAAACCAUCCCAAGAAUGGAGUCGACAAGCUAAGUCUCGACGCUGCUUCCUUUGGAUACAAGGACAAGGAAGGAAACACGUUCGCCAUUGUUCAAAACUUGACGACAACCCUCAACAUUGGAGCGCACUACGCCGUCAUGGGUGAAACUGGUGUCGGCAAGAGUACAUUCUUGAAGGCACUGUCCGGACUUCACGAGCCUCUCAGUGGUGAGAUUUACUUUGAUAGCAAGGCCGUCGAUCCUACCUCCAUCGAAUGGCGUCGACAAGUGGCAGUAGUCACCCAACAUGCUGUCUUCCUGAGCCGAUCCUUGCGUGAGAACAUGAUCUAUGGAUUGGAAGACAAAGUUACUGACGAGCAAAUCUAUGACGCACUCGAUAAGGUCAAAAUGAAGGAGCGUAUCAUGACAUUGCCAAAGGGCCUCGACACAAUAAUCGUUGGGAAUGGAAGUCACUUCUCUGGUGGUCAACGGCAACGUCUCCAGAUUGCUCGACUUCUCUUGACCAAUGCUCCCCUGGUGUUGCUGGAUGAAUGCACCAGCGCACUGGACCCUGACACGACAACGCUGGUGAUGGAUCUCUUGCAAGAAUUCUUGGUUGGCAAGACAAUGAUCAUGAUUACCCAUGAUGUUAGUAAUCUCAUCUUGGCACAGCACGUCAUGGAAAUGAAACCGGGCGGGGUCUUUGAAAAGGCCAAGAAUCAACGAGUGGCUGACAUCUAUUCAGAUCUUGAUGGACGGCGUCCAUCCGAGAUUCUGCAAGAGUUCCAAAGGGGAGGAAUUAACUGGCUUUCGGAAAGCAUGAGAUCCCUUGAUGCUAAUUCGGCUCAUUCCAACAAUAGUGCAACAGCCGAAACUCCUCCCACACCGCUUCGCUCUCUUCGAAGCAACAAAGGCAGUGGCAAAGAUUUCUUGAAAUCAUAUUCAGCACAUUCAGCACAUUCACGAACAUUUGACGGCGAUGCCAUUAUCGAAGAGGAAGAGGGGGAUCUUAGCAGUGGCGACCUUUUUGAUGAUGAGGAUGAUGAAGAGGCUGAACUUGCUUAGUCGUCAAAUAUUACAGUACUCGUUUAUAAUAAAUAAAUUUUUACUAUGCAUGCAUCUAC